AUGUCAAUUAAAAACGAAUCCAUUUGGGCCGCCAGCCCUUCUACUACCAGGGGUCAGCCCGCUCAUCUCUCAUCAGAUGCCAAAGGCGAACGGCUUGCUUAUGCGACAAAUAAAUCCAUCUUUUUGCGUUCAAUCGAUAACCCUGCUAUCGCGAGGCAGUACACCGAACACAAAGCGCAGACUACGGUCGCACGCUUCUCACCGUCUGGAUUCUAUGUCGCUAGCGGUGAUGCCGCUGGUUUAGUUCGAGUUUGGGACUGCGUCGGUGAAGGAAUAACAAAGGGGGAGUACAGUAUUGUCAAUGGCAGAAUCAAUGAUCUCGCUUGGGAUGGUGAUUCGCAGCGUAUUAUCGCCGUAGGCGAUGGGAAGCAACGAUAUGGCCACUGUAUUACCUGGGAUAGUGGGAAUACUGUCGGGGAAAUUUACGGUCAUACCCAACAGAUCAACUCCGUCUCAAUCAGGCAGCAGCGGCCUCUGCGAGCUGCUGCCGCCGGUGACGACAAGAGCCUAGUCUUCUACCACGGAGCGCCCUUCAAGUUCAAUACGGGUAUCCGUGACAAGCACACUAAUUAUAUAUACGGUGUUGGCUUCAGUCCAGAUGGCUCGACGUUGGUUAGCGUUGGUGCUGACCGGAAGAUCUGGCUCUAUGAUGGCAAGACGGGAGAGCCGAAAAGCCUAAUCGGGGAAGGUGAACAUAAGGGCAGUAUUUUUAGCGUCUCGUGGUCUAAAGACUCUCGGAAGAUCGUGACUGCGAGUGCCGAUAAGACUGUCAAAAUCUGGGACGUAGAAGCCGGCAAAGCCUCGCAAACAUGGAAUAUCGGAGGGGAUGGCAGUACAGACGUCAAAGAUCAGCAGGUCGGUGUGGUUUGGCCCCCGGGCAGAAGCGACGAUCUGCUUAUCAGUUUGUCACUGGGCGGUGACCUUAAUUAUCUCGUUGAAGGAACUCCGGAGCCUAGGCAAGUCGUCCAGGGCCACCAGAAAAACAUUACGUCCUUGACACAAUACCACUCUGGCAGUGACAAUGACACAUUGUGGACUGGAAGCUUUGACGGCAGAGUCUGCAGCUGGAAUGUUCCUACAGGAACUGCGGAGAAAGUGGAUGGUGAAAGUCACUCAACGUACAUUGCUGGCCUCGCACCGACACAGGAAGGGAAUGGUAGAAUCUACAGCGUAGCCUGGGAUGACACCAUAAGAUCUGUGGACAUUGGAGCUAGAACUUACAACGGGAGCUCCUCCAAGCUGUCUGGACAGCCCAAGGGUAUUGCCGCAGGUGUGGCUGUAUUGGUAGGAACCUCAGAGAGCGUUGAGAUAUAUAAGGACGGCCAGAAAGUUGGAGAAUUCAAGCCAAAGUUUCCCAUCACUACUGUGGCAGCACAUGGGACCACUGCAGCCAUCGGUGGCGAAAAUUCGGCUGUUCAGAUCUGUGAGAUCUCAGACUCCACCUUGUCCCCUAAAACGGAUAUUAAAGCUUCUCGGAACCCCAUAUCUGCGUUGGCUUUCUCGCCGGAUGGCUCUCUGCUGGCUGUUGGCGAUUCUCGUGGUCGUGUUCUUGUCUACAAAAUCGCCGAUGGUAGUCUAGUCACAGACCGUUGGACAGCGCACACUUCCCGGAUCACUUCCAUUGCAUGGAACGAAGAUGGCACACACGUCGUGAGCGGAGCAUUGGACACUAAUAUAUUCGUGUGGAGCUUGAGUAGCCCUGGAGAAUGGCUUCAAGCGUCAAAUGCUCACAAAGAGGGUGUUAACGGUGUAACCUGGGUGUCGGAGUCGAAGAUUGCAUCAGCCGGGGCUGAUGCAGCAGUCAAAGUAUGGAAAUUGCGGCAAGCCACGUUUGUUUUACCGAAGACUGGUCAACGCUUGAGAGGUCUGGUUACUCUACGAAACCCUUAUUCCGAACCGAAUGGCAACAAUGACGAGGAACGUCGGGGGCUACUCUCCGGAGAAAUCUCCGCGCCCCGUGAAGGGAUAUAUUCACGGUUGUUGAAAACGAUGCGGGAGACAGAACUCUGGGUACAUCGGGCUGUCUCCUCUGAGCUAGGUAUUGGUGUCCUAAAAUGCAGUCUAGCUUACCUACUAGGAUCGCUCGCAACUUUCGUGCCAGCGAUUGCCUCAUGGUUGGGCCAUCAAGAUGGCAAGCAUGUUGUGGCCACCGUAACGGUCUACUUCCAUCCAGCGAGGUCUCAAGGAAGCAUGUAUAAGGCGUUAAUUUGUGCCUUUUUGGCAUUUCUCUACGCUGCUUUCAUAUCUUUAACAAGCAUGUGUGUCUCCAGGUUCUUUCAGGACACCCUUGACUUACUCCCAGUCGGCCAUGCCGUAGUGCUCAUAGUAUUCUGUGGGGGUGGUCUAGGCUUUAUCGGAUGGACCAAACAGAGACUGGGCGACCCCCUUGUGAAUGUUGCGUGUUCCCUCGCUUCGCUUUCGACCAUUACCGUCUUAACGAAAGAGGGUGCGGUACAGAAUGGGGACCUUUCGUUUGCCAAGAUCUCACAAGUAUUGAAGAUGGUCGUGAUGGGUGUAGCCGCGGCCAUGGCUGUGUCAUUUGUGAUAUUCCCAAUAUCUGCACGAAAAAAACUCCGGUCGAACCUCACUAUUGUUACUGAGACGCUAGCGACGAUGCUAGCUCUGAUCACAGAGAGCUUCCUCACUGGCUCUGAAGAGGAGCUUCGGACAGGAGAAUACCUAAAUGCAGCCGCGCGCCAUAAGAAGGCGUACGGCCAGCUCGACAGGCUCAUAAGAGAAGCUAAACUGGAGCAUUUUGUGGCAGGUACGGAGAGACAGUACAGGCUGGAGAAAAAGCUUGUUCGAUGGGUACAAGAUAUCACCCAUAACAUGGGCGGUUUGCGCAGUGCAGCUCUUUUACAGUUCCAGCUACUAAAGCAAACCAAUCCUACCGGGCCGAUGCAGUUAAAUAGCCAAGGAGCGACUAUGAACGGAAUCCACCCUGGAUCAUUGCCUAGUCCAUGGUCACUACACGAGGAGCGUCCAAUCUUGGAACCGAUUGAUGAGAGGCCGGAAGAAGAGGUCUCAGACUCGGAUAGAGACAGGCCUACUUCAAGUCCGGAAAGAGACACUUCUGAUUCAGAACUUGAUCGCACUCUUCUUCCUGCUGACAUUUUUGCGCUUUUUAUCGGUCACUUGGGGCCUUCUAUGCGAUCCCUCGCUUUCACUUUAAAGGAAAUUUUCAGGGAGAUCCCUUUCAAGCCUGCACCAGAUUAUAGGGUCGCGGUCAACAGUAGGUUCCGAACCAGUCUUGAUCGGGCGCUGGAUCUUUACCGAAGGUCCCGAGAAGAGGCGUUGAAAACUAUUUAUCGGCAGAAGGACGUCUUGAAUAUUCAGACAUUAGAAGUUGAAGCGGAUCUCGAGGAAGUUGCUGCUAGUUGCGGUCAUUUUAGUUUUUCACUUCUGGAGUUCGGUGAGCAGCUUAAGGAGCUGUUAGCUAUCCUUGAUGAACUUCAACUCGAAGCUGAGGAGAGACCCAGCGGCAGAUCUUGGAACUGGCUGAUGUUUUGGCGCCAACUAAAUAUUGGAGUAAAAGAAAGGGAUAGUGGUAUGCCUCCAGAACAGCCAGUGAUCGAAACGGAUCCCAUACAAGGUACAGCGUCUCAAUUGAAGGUCACCAACGUUGGGCCGCACGGCAAACCAUCGGUACCAUCCUUCCAAUUAAAGAACAUGCCCGGGAAAGAGGGGUUUGGCUAUCGUGUCUGGAAGUCACUCAGGAUCUUUCGGCGCGAUGAUACCAAAUUUGCUAUCAAGGUAGGUACAGGAGCGGCACUCUAUGCCUUGCCAUCAUUUCUCCCAUCCACGAGACCAUUCUACUCUCAUUGGAGAGGAGAGUGGGGACUUUUGUCGUACAUGUUGGUCUGUUCGAUGACCAUUGGUGCUUCAAAUACUACCGGGUAUGCUCGUUUUCUGGGUACCUGCUUAGGGGCACUUUGUGCUAUCAUAUCAUGGUAUGUGACAGGUGGAAACAUGUUUGGACUCGCAUCCCUGGGUUUAUUCAUGGCGACUUGGACUUCGUAUCUCAUCAUAGUCAAAGGACAAGGUCCGAUGGGCCGCUUCAUCAUGCUCACUUACAAUCUCUCAGUUUUGUACGCCUACUCCCUUAGCCAGAAGGAAGGUAAUAAUGACCAGGACGAAGGAGGCGAGAGUCCAAUAAUAACUGACAUUGCCCUUCAUCGAGUUGCUUCUGUUCUGUCUGGCUGUAUCUGGGGUAUUAUCAUCACGAGAGUCAUUUGGCCAAUCAGCGCGCGGGAGAGGUUGAAAGAUGGUCUGAGCCUCUUAUGGCUUCGCAUGAGUCUGCUCUGGAAACGGAGUCCCUUGUCCACUAUGACAAAUGAACCAAAUAGCGCAGGUUUUAUGAGCCCCAGGGAGAAGCUAGAGGUCGAACGAUUUCUUUCUCGGUUGGAGUCUCUUCAGGCAUCUGCACACUCCGAGUUUGAGUUGAAAAGCCCAUUCCCUGAUACAAUAUACAGCAGCAUUCUCCGCCGCACAAGGAGCAUGGUGGAUUCUUUUCUUGCGAUCAAUAUCGAGCUUGAUAAAAAUAUGACUGCAUCCGAGGGCGAACUUACCAUUCUCCGAUAUACGAACAAGGAAAGGCAGCAAUUGUCGUCGCGCAUCAGCCAUCUAUUAUCAGUGAUGGCCUCGUCCAUGAAACUCGAGUACCCCCUAAGUGAUGUCUUUCCUAGCAUUGAACAUGCUCGAGACCGACUACUCGCCCGCCUCUUUCACUAUCGCAAGGAUCAUGAAGCGUCUCGCCUGUCUACGGACGAGGAUUAUGCGUUACUGUAUGCUUACGUCCUCGUAACCGGCCAAUUGUCGACAGAGAUCGAGGGAAUCAUGGCGGAAAUUAGUCAAUUGUUUGGGGUACUCGACGAGGAUAUUUCCACUCUCCCCACCCCCCGGCUUCGCGCAGCCCGUCGCGCUUCAGCGAGCUUCGCAACCAUGCAGAUCGAUCCGGCUGCCUUGAGUCGGACUGAGUCUGCGUCGACCGCAAUAACCUCCUCAAAAAACACGGCCCUUAACACUGCGGUGACUCCGAAGUCUACAAAAGCGCUGAUAUCUGUCCCGCGACUGGAUCUCGAACCUAUCUACACGGAGCUGAAAGCCGCUAUCGGCGACAACUGGGCUGAAUACAAAGAGGCCACCACUCUCUUCCUCCUAGGCCAAUUGAACCAGCAUGAACUCUCGUCGCGCGUCGAUCAUAUUAUUUGUGCCGAUCACAAGACUGAGCAUUUUCAUAAUAAUUUCAUAUGCGCGAUUAUUGGGAAUCUCACAAGAGAUCUCCCGGACCAUGGUGUCGCAAGCUGGGUGUCGGCAAACGACAAACCAUCGGUGGUGUCCAAGCCAACCUCAGGGGAUGCAGCAGAACAGAGACUGAAGACGGAGAUUAUGCAGCUCCCUCCUAGAGAUCGUCGACGAAUCAAAGCAAUUCCUGAACGUGACCCCGGUGAAACUGCGCCUAAUGAAUUAGAAAAAUAUCAUCUGGCAAAACAAAUCAAGUUGCCGAGCCAAGUACCAGCAAGCGCAGGUGGCUUAAAUAAAACAAAUUGGGAAUUAGAGAUCCGGAAACGUUAUGCGCAACCUCUAGCGUCGGAAACCGGUGAGUUUCCAGAUGCGGAGUCCAUCCAUGCCCGCAUGAUCCCUAUAUGCUACGAAGAGUCUAUCGUUAGUGGCGCAGGACUUCCUUGCGCGGAGUUCAUGGCCAUUGCUACGGAAACAUUCGUGAAGGAGGUUUUAUCUGUCGUGUUCUCGCGGACGAGGUCCAACGGUCCAUCUGGGACCAUCAAUGGCAUGAUGAUGCGCAAAUACCGCCAGCAGCUCGAACGAGAAGAAUUGGCUUUUACGCGUGGGGAGAUUGUGAAAGAUGGCGCAACGGGCUUGCUACCCGUCGAGGCCAAGGAAGCAAGUAUUAGAAAGCCUCUCGGAGUCAGAGAUCUGCGUUUAGCCUUAGAGCUUGGGGGUGGGGUUCUCAGUCAUAUGCCUCUAAUCGUGGAUCAAAUAAUGGGCGGUUAUCUUGAGGAUGAGCUUGAAACCGAAAAACAAGACCGAGCGGAAGAAGUAGUGGAGAUUCCUAGCGAUAACAUGAAAGUGAAAACCCCGACAAAUGAAAUGGAGGUUGAUGAUGGGGAAAUCGCAUGGGAGGGGGCCACAGUUGCUGAUCGAGAACAACUAGGGUCUUUACUGGACGAGUGCUUGUCUAUGGCCUCCUAA